GCCAUUCACCAGCAGACAACUGAAGCGACUCGAGCUCGACGCAAAGAACCGCUGAUUUCGAAACAACCCAAAGACCAGAACCAUGAAGACGUCCCAGGUCACCGUCCUCCUCCUGACCAUCCUGGUCCACACCGGCGCAGGCUUCCCGUCAGACAGAACCCGCCGGGAGAAGCACGCCUCCUGGGACGACGUGAACGUGGUGGCCCACGGCCUCCUGCAGCUCGGCCAGGGCCUGAAGGAGCAUGUGGACAAGACCAAGGCUCAGAUGAGAGACGUGAGCGGCCGGCUGAGGGCCGUCAACGGCACGCUGGCGGAGCUGGAGCGGAGGCAGGAGCAGCAGGGCGAGGCGCUGAUGACCCAGAGCAAGGAGGUGCAGGGGACGUACAGGCUGCUCUCCCAGCUGGGAGAGGAGGUGAAGCUGGAGGUCGGCGAGGUGAAGAAGCAGGCGGAGGUCAUGACGUCCAGGAUGGACCGACUGGAGGAGGUUCUAACAGAGCCGACGAAGGACGGCAACGACAGCGAACACGAGAGGGUUUCAUUCAUCCAGAGGCUGAUGGUGGCCCAGAACAGACGCAUCGAUCAGCUGGUGGAGAAAAUCAGGCAGCAGCAAGACAAGCUGGAGAAACAGAGUCUGCACCUGCAGGCCCUGCAGAACAAGGUUGCACAUAAGAGGGUGAAAUCCCAAAGACGGAGAGACGAAGAGAGAGCGCUGACAGGCGAGGCACAGCUCAACCAAGCAGGGUUGGCCAGAGACUGUCAGGAUCUGUUCGCACAGGGACAGCGAGUCAGUGGCGUCUACAUGAUUCAGCCCGACAACUCAAAACCCUUCAACGUUCUCUGUCAGAUGACUCCAGAUGGCGGCUGGACAGUCAUCCAGAAACGCCAGGAUGGAUCUCAGAACUUCAACCAGCUUUGGGAAAGCUACAGGAAAGGAUUCGGCGACCUCAACAGAGAGUUCUGGCUCGGUUUGGACCACAUCCACUCCAUCUCCAAGCAAGGCCAGUACGUUCUUCAGGUGGAGCUCUCUGACGAGGCCGGGCGGCGCCAGGCGGCUCGCUACCGCUUCCAGGUGGACGGAGAGGAGAGGCAGUUCGCUCUGCACCUUGACCUCGACCCUUCGUCUGGCGUUCAGGAGGGAAUCGAGUCCACCGGAGCGUCCGGACUUCCCUUCUCCACAGCCGACAGAGACAACGACCUCGCUGCGGACGCCAACUGCGCCGAGCUGCUCUCAGGCGGUUGGUGGUUCAGCAGCUGCGGAGAGUCAAAUCUCAACGGGAAGUUCCCUCAGCGCCACAGGGGAAGACGGGCCAUGUUUCAGGGACAAUUCGGGCCCCUCAGCUCCACUCUCCUGAAAAUCGCUCCGGUUUCAAAGACGCAAUAAGACGCCAGCACUAAAGUCACUUCAACCCAGAGAACAUCUGGGUCCUUAACUACUGACAGCCUGAAAAGACUCUGACAAUGCACAUCACUGAUGUCUGCCGAUGCACUGACCGACCGCCUGCUAUUUCUAUGCAAUGCAUACGAGGAGCCGAAACGUUCAGUCAUGUUGACUGGGACUUUAUUCCCCUUUGUGAGGGAUCUUUUUAUUAUACGUUAUCUAUUUCCUUUAAUUGCGUUUUGCUUAUUUAAUAUGUUGUUUUUUUACUCAUUUGAUUACAGUUUCAAAUGCUUUUUACUUGUAUGAAUAAAAAUGAACAUGGAAAAUAAAAGCUGGAUGU